AUGAAGUUCUCUGCUAUUCUCGCCCUCGCCCCUCUGGUGGCUGCCAUCCCCGGCUCUAAGCAGGCCAACAGCUCCGAUGCUGCCUUCAGCGUCAUCUCUGCCCGCUCGGCUUCUCCCGUCCACCUGCUGCCCCUCAAUGCCGCCGGCAGCUACUUCUGGCUCGGUGGCAACGCCUACACCUAUUCUCCCGUCCCCGGAAUUCCCAACACCAACCAGACCGUGAUUGCCAACGGACACUACUUGGAUGUCGAGGUCCCCGGUGGCCAGGCUAUCUACGUUGAUAACAAGGGUGCUCUGCGCUUCACAUCUCCCCACUCUGCCUACGAGCCCGUUGGUUCCUCUGAUGGUCCCUUCGUCUACACUCCCGGUGCCUCUUUCGGCCACUGGACCUUCAAUGGCCUGGGUGCAUCUGGCUUCAUGGCUUGCCCUACUGCCAACGGUACCACCAACAGUACCACCAGCUCCCGCCGUUCCCGCCGGGGCGCUGCUGCCCCUAAGUGGCAGGUUUUUGCUGCUCUGCAGAACGCUACUGUCCCCACUGGCAAGGUUGGUGACUGCCUCGGCUUCGAUGCUCUGGCUGUCUCUGUCAACACUAGCACCCCGGUUGCUUGGGAGUACGUCUAA